AUGCGGCGGCUGCUGGGGUCGUCGGCAGGCGGGUCGCGCGUGGGCGUGGCGCUGCUGUUCGUGGCACUCGUGGUCGCAUGGACUAUCGCAUACUUCGCGACGGCGCACUUCACGCUGCUCACUUCGCCGUCCGCCAUCUAUCUGCUCCGCGGCGGCAAUUCCUCCUCCGCCGCGUGGCUCUCUGAGUCGACUCAACAAUCCGCCGCGUGGCUCCAACGGCUGCAAAGUGUGCCGUCUCCCCCCGCUGCCAAGCCCUCUGCUGCAGCACCUGCUGCCGCUGCAAGUAGUAAUGCUACUACAAGCGGUGACGCAGCAAGCGGUGAUACCACUGCCACUGCCAGUGCUGCAGAAGUUCAAGAACCCGUGACUGUGGCCAAUGACGGCCCGGUUGCCGUCUGCCUCGUGGGCGGCGCUCGGGACUUCGAGGCCACGUGGCCGUCCAUCCUGCGCCACGUCAUCAGCCGCUAUCCGCCAGCUCACCUUUUCCUGCACUCGCCGCUGGACGAGCGCGCCAGCAAGCUGUGGGCGCUGCUGCUCGCUGCCAGCAACAGCACGAGUGCAGCGAGCGGUGGUGCCGCCAGCACCAGCAGCAGCAGCAGCAGCAGCAGCACAGAGAGUGCGGUGAGCAUAGCGGCGGUGCGCAUCUUCCCCAGUGCUGACAUCGCCGAGACGGACGUGCACCGCGCGGCGCUCACCAGUAACGGCUCGCCACAUGGCAUCCAGGGUCUGCUGCAAUACUUCCGAUUGGUGGAGGGCUGUAUCGAUCUCAUAUCCACCCACCAGCGCCAGCACAACAUCUCCUACAGCUGGGUCAUCCGCACGCGAGUCGACGGCUACUGGACCGCGCCCCCUCCCCUUCUCACCGCUCUCCACCCCUCCGCAUACACCAUCCCCUUUGGGUUCGACUGGGGUGGCCUUAACGACCGCCUCGGGAUUGGCUCCUGGGCGGCCUCCAAAGUGGCUCUCAGGCGGUUAUCCGCGUUACAAGACCUGUUCAGCGCAGGGUAUAGGGCGCUGACGUCGGAGAAGGCGUUUCGCGCGCAGAUGGAGGUUGGGGGGGUGGAGGUGGCACGGAAGCAUUUCCACUUCUGUGUGGUGACUCGGAGGCGGUCGAGGGGAGGGGAUGGGUGUGCGGCUAUGAUGUUCUCAACUGCCACAUACGGACCGCUGAAUGGCGCGAAGUGCCGGCCCUGCUCCUCUCCGUGUGCUGCUGAUGAGAAGGUGAGUGGGAAGUUUGAGGGCUGGGACGUUGGGGGGGUGGAGGACGCGGGAGGGGAUGGGUGUGCGGCCAUGGUGUUCUCAACAGCGACCUAUGGGCAGCUGAACGGCGCCAAGUGCCGCCCCUGUUCGUUCCCUUGUGCUGCUGAUGAUCAGGCGGCUGCCGUGAUCAACACAGUGCGCGCGGCGGGCGGCAUGUACCGCCACCCGUUGCCGCCCGGGCUGCAGCUGUGCGACGCGAAGCAGGCGUGGGAGGGCGGUUGGGAGCGGCAGUUUGACCGGGACGUGGAGAAGCAGCGCGGAGGGAAAACGCUCAGCUGGCAGCGCCGCAACAUUGCCCGGGUUGCUGCUAGCCUCGCACACUGCACGGAGCAGUUUGAGAAGCUCAAGGCCGUGAGUGUGACAUGGGACUCACCUCCCCCGGUGGCGGUGUGCAUCCGGGCGCAACUGGGGGAGGUAGAGCUGAUGGGCAGCAAGACCGGCGAGUUCAACACCUUCACUUCGUUGCUCAAUAGCAAGAGUACGUUCAUAUCGGUGACAAACAGCAAGGCCAGCCAGAGCUGGGAGCGCCACCUCUUCAGGCGCUAUGGCAAGGUGCGCGUGGGAUUCAGGAAUGCCGAGUGGCUGGCGUCCCCUCAAUCCGCCAAUGCAAGUGCGACAACGACCCGACCUUUCAGUGCUGUCAGGGUUGAGAUGAGAGUUAUGAAGGAAUAUUCCUCUCCGACUUGGUUGUCCAUCCUGGGCAGUAUCAAGACUCGACUGAAACGUUCUUUCAAUAAGGAGUUCGUCUCCAUGGGGGCAUUAUCCGAGUUCGGGGGGGGCGGCGGAGCCGCUUCCGCGGACUCUUCCGCCAUCGGCGGAAAGAAGCCCACGCCGGGGCGCGGAGGAGUCGUUCUUUCCGCGUCCCCGGAAGAAUCCCGCGUGCGCGCGAUCUCCGAGAUCGUGCGGGCGAUGAUCGACGGCGUGCGCGCGGGCCGCGACGUCAAUCUGAACGCGAUCAAAUCCGACGCGUCGCGAAAGCACGGGUUGUCGCGCGCGCCGAAGCUCGUCGAAAUCAUCGCCGCGGUUCCCGAGGAGCACCGCGACGCGCUGAUCCCAAGGCUCCGCGCGAAGCCCGUUCGUACUGCGUCGGGAAUCGCGGUCGUCGCAGUGAUGUCGAAACCGCAUAGAUGCCCGCAUAUAGCGACGACAGGGAACAUCUGCGUGUACUGCCCUGGCGGGCCCGAUUCCGAUUUCGAGUAUUCGACGCAGUCUUAUACCGGGUAUGAGCCGACUAGUAUGCGCGCGAUUCGGGCGAGGUAUCAUCCGUACGUGCAGGCGCGCGGUCGUGUCGACCAACUGCGGCGACUCGGACACAGUGUGGAUAAGGUUGAGUACAUUUUAAUGGGCGGCACAUUCAUGUCGCUGCCAGCGGACUAUCGCGACUUCUUCGUGCGCAAUCUGCACGACGCGCUCUCGGGCUGCUCCUCCGCGUCUGUAGCCGAGGCCGUGCAGUACGCGGAGCAUGCCGCCACACGCUGCAUCGGCCUCACCAUCGAAACCCGUCCAGACUACUGCCUGGGGCCGCACCUGCGGCAGAUGCUGGCAUACGGGUGCACACGGCUGGAGAUCGGAGUGCAGAGCACGUAUGAGGACGUGGCCAGAGACACCAACCGCGGCCACACCGUUGCAGCCGUCGCCGACUGCUUCUGCCUCGCUAAGGAUGCGGGCUUUAAGGUGGUGGCGCACAUGAUGCCGGACCUCCCCAACGUGGGCAUGGAGAGGGACAUGGAGUCAUUCCGAGAGUUCUUUCACAGCCCUGCCUUCCGCACGGACGGGCUCAAGCUCUACCCCACGCUUGUCAUCCGUGGCACUGGGCUCUACGAGCUCUGGAAGACCGGCAGGUACCGUAACUACCCCCCCGAAAAGCUCAUUGAUCUAGUAGCGCGCAUCCUGGCCCUGGUGCCCCCCUGGACACGCGUCUACCGCAUCAUGCGUGACAUCCCGCUGCCACUUGUCACGUCGGGAGUGGACAAGGGCAACCUGCGCGAGCUGGCGCUGGCGCGCAUGACAGAGCUGGGGCUGCGGUGCCGGGAUGUGCGCACGCGGGAGGCGGGCAUUCAGGACAUUCACCACGCCGUGAGACCACACGAUGUGCAGCUGGUGCGGCGCGACUAUGCUGCCAACGAUGGCUGGGAGACGUUUCUUUCCUAUGAAGAUGUUACCCAGGAUAUUCUUGUGGGGUUGCUGCGGCUGAGGCGGUGUGGGGCGCACGUGACGUGCCCAGAGCUGAAGGGGCGGUGCUCCAUUGUGCGGGAGCUGCAUGUGUAUGGCACUGCUGUGCCUGUGCACACGCGCGACACUGACAAGCUGCAACACCAGGGGUACGGCACGCUGCUGAUGGAGGAGGCGGAGCGCAUUGCACGGUGGGAGCAUGGUUCGAGCAAGCUGGCAGUGAUAUCGGGCAUAGGAACGCGCCACUACUACAGGAAGCUAGGUUAUGAGCUCGAGGGUCCCUACAUGGUCAAAGCUCUGCCUCGUGCUGUCAGGGGUAGGUGUAGGAAGGGCAGCAAAAGGCGAUCAAAUCAGGUGGUACACUGA